UUACCGCCUUGCACCAGGAAAUCCAUUGUAGCCAGAGCAAUUGUUAGUCGAAAACAUGGUCGAAAAGUGAGUUCAUUUAAUGAUGUACACAAAUGUAGUUGGACACACUGGAGCUACCAGAGCUACCGAAUAUGGUUUGCUAACGGUGUUGAAACUGUAUCCAUACUUAAGUUGUUGUAGCUGUUUAUCUUAAUUUCAGCAACUUGGCCGCUGCUGCUCAGUUUUGCUCUGGUUAGUAACGGUCGUACUGUUUGGAUGCCAGUUUAGAUCAUUUAGCUUGUAGGAAAAGCACAGCUGCACCGAGAGAUGCGCUGUUAAGAACACUUUAUUAACACCGACAGCAUCACUUUGAACCAGAUGGAGGCUUCUUUGGGAUCAAUGCAGAGUCCUGAUCUGAGCUCUGUCCUGUCUUCAUGUGAGCCAGAGCUCCAGGAGCUAAUGAGACAGAUUGACAUCAUGAUCAAUCAUCAGAAGAGGGAGUGGGAGGCUGAGAUCAGGGCCUUGGAGCUCCAGUUGAAAAAUGGAGAAGAGGAACUUUUAACCUCGAGAAAUAUCAUUGAAAGGAGGGACCUUGAGAUCGAAUUGCUCCGCAAGCAGCUGGAAGAUGUUCACACUGAUCGGCAAGAAUUAGUUGCCAAAUACGAGCAACAACUGCAGAAAGUCCGAGAAGAGUUGGAUAAAUUAAAGAGAAGUUACCACAAGCUUCAGCGUAAACAGCUCAAGGAGAACAGUGGAGGAGCUAAAACGACGGAUGUUUCAAAGGAAUACCAUCAACCCUCCCAGUGCCAGAAACAGCUGACAGCGCUGGAGGCCCAUAAUAAGAGGCUGACGGAUGAGCUCUCACAUGUGAAGUCCGAGUUGGCAUCACGGCGAGUGGAGUGGCAGCACAGGGAGUGUUGUUUAGAGCUGCAGCAUCUACGCGCUCAGCUGGAAAAGACUCAGGGCAGCCUGCACUCACAGGAGCUCGAACUGGAGCGUCUCCGACCGCUGGAGGUGUGGCUGGGACAGUACCAGAGAGAGCAGCAGCCGUUUUCAGAAGAACGCGAGGAGCUUCAUGCCACGCUGGACUGUCAGGACACAUUUGUGCGGAGAACGAGUCUGGAACGGCAACGGCUGCGUAAUGAAGCUGUCAGACUGAACCAAAUGCUGCAAGCUAAAGAUGAAGUGAUUCGCUCUCUGGAGGACUGUCUGGCAGCUCAGGGCUGCGCUGGUGUGGAAACCCUCCGAUCAGAUCUGGAGAGAACAGCAGCCAAACUUCACCGUGCACAAGCAUGUGAGGUCCAUCUCAAGGCUGAACUGGCUUGUCUCAAAGAGAGACUGGAGAAGGUGAGCUGCCAGAGACCUGACCACUCAAAGACAGAACAGGAGCUGAGGAACCUUAAAGCAGAAAAUGACUCCGCUGUUGCUGAAAUGACAAAGCUCAGAGAGGAGCUUCAAAGGGCCAGGCAGACUCACAGCGGUGAGGUUGAAGGGAUGAGGAAGGAGGUGUCGAGGCUGACCGGAGAGCUGCACCAGCGUGACCUCACCAUCGCAUCGCUCAGCGACUCUUCAUCCAGCAUCAAGCAGCAGCUUCAUGGUGAAACAGAGCGAGCAGAGCAGAAGGCAACAGAGCUUAAAAUAACUCAGAUCCAGCUGGAGACUCUCCAAGCUGAGAACCAGCAUAUCCAAGGUCUACUCCAGAGACUGCCAUCUCAGUCACCCAAGAGGGGAGACUCCUCGCUUGCUUCACUGAGGGAGAGUUAUGUCUCUUCUCUGAGCAGCCUGGAACAGGAGAACCAGCAGCUAAGGCAGGCACUCGGUGAGAUGAGGUCACAGGUUGAGGUCUCCAACCAAACCUGUCAGGACAAAUAUGAGCGAGCUGUGCUCAGCCACACCAUCACUGACCAACCACAGCCUGCUCAGGACAGGCUGCAGGACGACCUACAGGUCUCGAAAGCUAAGUCUGAGAACAGCACUUGCUAUGAAGGGGAGAUCCAGAGGCUCUUUAAGGAGCUUCACACCUUGUCAUCGUCCCCUACAGAGCAGCCGAGCAGCCAGAACCAAGACUUCAGACCUCAUUCAUCCUCCUCCUCUGGCAGCAGCAGCACCAGACUGUCCAGGAGAGGCCCCGUUGUAGCGUUAAAUGUCAAUGAAUCUGCUGCUGAGGGUCAAAGCUCUGAAGACUCUCUGACUUCAGGCUUCAGAGAAAAACCUUCUGCUGUGGAGCUUUUGUCAACGUCACCUGCAGAGGGAACGGUCACUCGCUUCCUGGAGGAGGAGAAUUUACGGACUGAGGAGCUGCUGCAGAGGCUGGACAGCCACAUCCAGGGUAUGAAAGAAAACACCAUCAGGACGGUGAACAAGUACCUGUCAGGUGGCUCGGGGCCUGAAUCUGCUCAGACGUCUGUGCAGGAUGGUCAGUGAUUAAGGCACAGCAGUGAGAGUAAUGAUGUGCUUUAUUAUGUUUUAGAAUGGCAGCAGAUGGGAAGGUUUCCGCCUCACUUGACUGAACUUUAAAAACAUCUGUUCCUAUUCUUACAUGGUUUGCACAUUUGAGAUCAUUAUGGCAGCUUAGAGCUUUAAGUUCACCCAAGUGUUUCUUAACAACUGUCAGUAGUAAAGGCCACAUUUUAUUACAAGACGCCAAAUAUGUUAUGGUCCCUAAAUCCAACUGCGCCCCAGUUGCAAUUCAAAACAAGUUUAAUCGUACAGAACCAAGAAAUACUUGGAAAACACUGAACAAAAGUAAAAGAGACGAGAGCAACAGCCAAAUGAAACACAAAGGGAGAAGGCUCUGAACCGUGCCACGCUGUGGGCCGCCACACUCAGACUUCUCCACUAAACUAAAGCCAGCCAACUAAACUAAUGAAACCAAAACCAAAAGCAGAUCCGCCAGUGACUCAGCAAAUAAUUAACAAAGCAAAAACUUCAGAGCUGGAAUGCCAAAAAGUCACAUGGCAUUUUAACAGAUGGCUUUAGUGGGAAUGCUGAUUUUUCUAUUUCAUUUCCACUGAAAAACAAAAUAAAAGUUAGUCAUUCAAUCUGUUCCAACCAAGCAUGUUCCCUUCGAUCUGGACAGUAUUAGUAGUAGGUCAGGACAUCUCUGUAGCACCAUUUGUGUGUUGUGACACUUUUUAACAUUUUCUCCAAAAAUUGCAUCGCUUGCAAUCUGUAUAUUGCAUUUGUGCAUAUUGCUAGUUUGAUCGUAUUUCGGCUCAUUGUUCAGACGCGCUGCAAACACAUCAAGUUGGUUCUGGUUGAAGAGAGAUGCUGGUCAGCUUCCCUGGCCGAUCAGCAUUAAAAAGUUACUAAAAAUCCACCAGCGUAGAGGCAUGCCUGAUUAGCUCCAUUGGUUACCUGUGAUUUUUACUCUUUUUGUUUAUUCUGUAUGUAUCCAAAGCUGAAAUGAAGUGUUUCAGCUUUUGUGUGUCUUGGAAGCGGCGUUCACAUCCAACUAAUCUUAAAGAGAAAGCGCUGACAGAGGCCAGGUGAUUAUAUGUUAUGUGUCAAUUCAUAUCCCGUGUUACAAGUUGCACCACAAAGACAACAACAAGCUUUCUGUACAUGUUCAGGUAACAAAGACUCACUUCCAUGGGUUUGUCAUCUGAAACACACUGCAGAAAGACACACAAACUGGCAUCCUGUUUCACACUGCUUGAAAUUUGUGUAUAAAAUCUCGUUACAGCUGCUGACAAAUAGCGACAGCUGUAAAAUUUUGCCUGACAUUACACUCUCUCUGUUUAGCUUUAGUGCUGCAACUAAUAAUAAAUUUCAGUCUUUGAGAAGCUUUGAACCAUCUAAGAUUAAUCUAACCGUAAUUUAUCAACUUACUGCUACAGUUCUAAUCCUAUCCACAUAAUCAGCUCCAGUCAGUUUGCAAUCUUGUGGAAAAAGACUAGAUAACUGCACUAAAUGCGUGAGUUAAACUGGAUUUAUACUCUGAACUGCAUGUAGAAUAGCGUAGGAAACUCAGUCCUCCUACACCAUCUACUCCGUCUCUGGGUGUUGUGCCAUCAUGAGUAACUUUCAAAACCAACAGUCCAACAUUCACACCUUCUUCCUGCUGUGGACUCCUCCUUGGAACUUUUUUAUUUGUAUAAACUAUGAAUGGCAUUUGUCAUGUGAUGAGCCCAGUGCAGCUCUGUCAGUGUCUCCCUGGAGGGACCGUUGGAAAUUUUCAGCUUGUUUUUAAAUGAUUCUGCGUCUCUCUGCGACGGCUGACUUUUCACGCCUCCAUCCAGUGUGGCCGUUUGGAACGACUAUAAACAUCUGAUUUCCAACGUGGGUGGACAGAGCGUCUUCAGAAGUCGUUCUGAGAGAACAUGACCCAGCCUCCACUGCCAUUUCAACAUUACGCACACAACUCAUAAACUCCACAGCAGCCCGGCUCAGGCAAACUGCUUGUGGCAUAUCUGAAGUGUUUCGCUUUAUGUUAUGCUGCGUUCCCUUCAGGCUGAGAUGACCUCAGACCUUCAUGUGUUUCAGCUGAGGAAAACACGGGGAUGUGAUUGUUUUUAUGAAUAGACAGCUUAAUGUCUAAAGCUAAUGUCACCGUUUUGUGCGGAAGGUUUGAAUUAUAUUUAGUACAUUUACUUUCAUCACUUUUCCAAACCUGCAUCCUGCCAGCAAUAAAUCAAUGAAUAAGCUUAGUUGAUGUACAGGUCCGGACGAUAUACGUAGAAUUCUUGUGAUUUGGGAGGGGAGCUUCUACAACCUGUAUUUACUGAUAAUACAUUCUUUUGUGUAGGUCUGUUGAGAUGUUUACGUGUAUCUUCAGGGGAGCAUAAUUACAGUGCAUGAGAUGUAACUAAAAAGCGAAACUGCACCUCUGAAAAGUACACAGUGUACCUGAUUUAACUCUUUGAGCCAAAAAAAACCUGCCUGCAGUUUUAAACGGUGUAUUAUUUUUAAGACAUCACCAACCUAUUUAUCAGAGCCAGAAGCUGUGAAAAUAGAAAGAAUCAUCGGAUAUUCAACUUUCCGAGGGUCACUGGACUAAUCGUGUGUGACAUACUGUUUAAUCUGGAAACUUUUUUGUGCACGUGUCAUUUAAAAAUGUAAAAAUAAGUACUAAAAUCUGCUUUCCUUGGGACAACUGUGAAGUGAAGCCACUAGUGAUUCAGUUGUACCUCAGGUUGUGUUUACACAAAUCAGAAAGGAGAUAAGUAUAGAGACCGAUUAAAAAUGUAAAUGGUAAAAUAUCUGUGGCAUAUAAAGACCCCUUUGUCCAGUAUUUGUUACACGUGGACUCUUGGAAAACAAUUGUACGUGUUGACUCUAGAUUUUUAAAAAUUUUUGUAAAAUAAAUAUUUAAGAAAUUCACUGUUUUUUUUUUCUUUAAUAUGGCAUUAUAACCUUGUUCUACUGCACAGAGGACAUUUCUGAGUUCUCUCUACUUCUAGCCAUGGUUGAGCUGUUUUCAUAGAGGUGCAGGACUUAAUAUUGCAGUGAACAAUAAGCCCACAGUGAGUAAAAAUAUAAGGAGAGCAGGAUCACUGCUGGGGCUCAGAAUGUGGUGCAGAGUCAGUUCUAUCUUCUUGCGCAGCAACACACUGCUCCCAGUGUUCCUGCUACAGUUUGAAUGCUUCCUGUUGUAAAAGCGAGUCAAGCACCAUCUCAGACGUGCAGUGGAUCUCCUCCACUGUGUUGAUGUGGCGACUCUUCAACUUGAAUUUCAUGUUGGGGAAGACAUCAUGGGAAGCCAAAUCCUGUGAGUAGAGCAGGAACAGAGCAACAAAUGCCUUUGUGUGUCCCAAAAAACCACGAGUCCUUGAUGGCACAGGCCACAGUUCAGGGUGUUUGCAUUGAAUGUUCUUCCUCAGAUACCUCAGGAUGUUACAGUAGGAUUCGGCAUUGCCAGUCUGACCCUGGUGGACAAAUUCACAGUGAACAAUGAUGUGAAUGUCAAAAAAACAACAUAAUGAUCUGUGUCACAUCAGUGAUCUUUGCUCUGCACAAGUUUGAGGUCUGUGGUGAAAUCGCACCUGCAAGUGGUCAGAUCUGGACUUACAGAGAAGAUUCUUAAGGUGGCAGGAGCACUGAGAGCGGUGUGUCUCUGCACACAAGGACUGCUCUGAAGAUUUAUAGGCACAUUUUCUGAACUUCUUGAUUGCAUUACUCUGUACGCCAUUUUGCUGCACAGUUGUCUCUGCAAGUGGAAUUGUUGUUAAAAAUUGAAAAUUGGUCUCAACAGUGCCUUUAAAGGACUGACAAGGGCUUAAGAAGUUGUCAGGCAUUCAUAAUGGUGUCUGCCAGACUUGUGUGACCUCACAUAACUUGACAUUUGGUCGCUGAAUUCCACCUGAGGAACUUGCUGGACAUCUGACGUAAAGGGGUCCUUUUUUCUCAAAGAAAGCUGCAUAUUAAAAUUUUUCAAGUUGUCUGGAACGUGGCGCUAAUGCGAGCUUUACGUUUCCAUCAAGAGAGAAGAAUGUUGCUGUGAGCCAGAGGAGUGUGCAUCCUCCCUGCAUGUCUGUCAUCACUGGGAGACAUAUGUACCGUACAUUGUGUCUUCAAGGGAGUGCUCUCACUGUAGCUCUCGUCUUUCUGUAGUUUACUCGUCUCCAAAACACCACCACCAUCGUCAGCACCCACCCUGCAGAGGCCCUCCAGCUUGUCUAGCGCAGGAAUGUGUGCACCAUGCCAAUGCUGUCAUGAACCUUCCCCUGCGGCCUGCUUUGUCCUCAUCAUUAGAAAGCUGGUGGAAUGUUAAUAUCAACCAUGUGGAACACUGAAAGGCCAGGGUGGGGGGUGUAGUUAUGUUUUACUGCUUUCCUAAUGAAGGACACACUGAUAGAAUGGAAAUGAAGUGAAAAACAAACCUCCAGAAGUAUGUGUUUUUCAUUUGUGCCGUCAUACUUUGACAAUAACAAAACAUCAGUAAUGUUCUGCUGCCUCGGGUCCUCUGACUUCUCGCUUCGGUAUUUGGUAGCCUGUGUUACUAGCACUGUAAGCCCCAACAAACAGCGGAGGAAUUUGGCAGGGCAGGCAUUCCUCUGGCUCUCUCUGGAGGGAGGUGAAAAGGUUUUUAUAUGUGGAGAUUCCUUGAAGGGGCCUAGUGAAAGGGAGGAGGAGUGAGGCCAAUUCAAGUCCAGGGAGCGUUUGGACCGCUUUAUUUACGUAACAGUUAUUAGAGAAAAAUGCUUCAGGCUAUAAGAUGAUUAAGUGGCAAAUUUAUAAGUUUAACGAACUGAAAGCUUUAUCCCCGUCAUGAUAAAUGUUAGAAGUGCAACUAAUAAUGUGAUGCAAAGCGAGAUAGAGACCGAAUUAUGCUUGUAGGGUUUUUUCCUGUCUCCUUUGGUGUGUUAUAGUUUUAGUUGUGUGUAUAGAAUGACUGCAGCCUUACAAAGUCCAAAGGAAGGUCAGUUAUUCCACUGACAAAUCUGCACCUUACCUGCCUGAAACACCUCAUGUGAAGUUUUCUUCCUUUCUCUAUCUACAUCAUAUAAUACCAUGUAAUUCAUUUGCAUAACAUCUGCUGAGCAGCCAGUUUGGCUCUCAGACCGACACCGUGUUCAGAUUGUCCACUUGUCCACCCACUAUAUUGUAUUUGCUACAUUGAAAACUGACCAGCAGAUAAUGGCAGACAGCUGCUGAUAUGUUUUGGACGCUUUAUAGAUGCAGUGCUGCUGCAACGGAUAUUUAAUCAAUUACUUAUCUUUGUCUCAUGGACAAAUGCCAGAACAUGUGCACCACAUUUGAGGUUAUGAACACCACAGCAUCUCUAAUUUUUGAUAUGUAAAACUCUGUAUUUGACAUAUCGCUCCACAACAUUGUAGUAAAACUUCAUAAUAAAAAUCUUUGCACAUGUGACUUCA